AUGCGGGACUCAGCGGAGGAUAACACACUUCUGUCGAAGCAACGCCCAGAGGAAGAGGUUACCUCCCCCUCUGAGGACUCCACGCAUUCGAGAAGCGCGCAGAUAUGGAGCAAAGCUAUAGUGAUCAUCUUCGCGGGAUUGAUCAUGUACUGCACCUUUGGCACGCUAUUUGAUAACCUGCUUCUGAUCUUUACAGCUCGGACUGCCAACACGGCUUCCCUGCCUGGGAUUGAAGGUGAUGGAAAAGGGAACGUGGAUGCAGCGAAGAAGGAGAAAGUACCGCAGUAUUUUCAGACGAGUCCGGAGCUCUGGGCUGGGCCUACGGCUACCGGGCGAGCACCGUUCAUGGCUCAGACAAAUGCGGUGUCAUUUGCUCCGACGGUUACCUUCAUUCCUAACACGCCGUUGCAGACAGCGAUGCCGAUCGUGGGACAGAAGAAGAACAAUGAGAGUAUCUUCCAUUUAAUGGGGCAGUUGUCACCGUAUAGCCCGAGUCCAGCGGGGUUUGGGGUUUCGGAGUAUCCGCUGCCUCCUGGGGCUAAUAUUACGCAGGUUCACAUGCUUUCCCGUCAUGGGUCGAGAUAUCCCACCUCGGGUGCCAAUGUAAAUGUUUUCGGAAACAAGAUGGCCAACCUCACCGGAAAAUUCCAAGCCGAAGGUCAGCUUUCAUUCUUGAAUGAGUGGAAGUAUGAGCUCGGCCGAGAGAUACUGGUUCCAAGAGGGCGACAAGAGCUGUUUGAAAGUGGAGUUUUGCACUACUACCUUUAUGGGAAAAUGUAUAAUCCGAAUAGUAAGAUUAUCGUUCGGACAACUACCCAAGAUCGGAUGCUGAAGAGCGCGGAGUAUUUCAUGGCAGGCUUUUUCGGUCUCGAAUGGACCAACAAUGCCACCAUCGAAGUCAUUAUCGAAGCGCCGGGCUUCAAUAAUUCUCUUGCCGGCUACGACAACUGCAACAAUGCAAACAGCUUCCGGAACGCUGGUGGCAACAACGCGACUGCUGAAUGGGUCGGGGUCUAUCUCAAAGACGCAACGGAGCGUUUGAGACCUCUGGUUAAGGGCUAUGAGCUUACGAUUGAGGAUGUUUACGCGAUGCAAAACAUGUGCCCAUAUGAAACUGUGGCUUAUGGAUACAGUGUCUUCUGUGAUCUCUUCACUUAUGAGGAAUGGGUUCACUUCGAGUAUUCUCUUGACCUCUACUUCGCAGGAAGUUCCAGUUUCCAGUCGCCAACUGGUCGCGCAGUCGGACUCGGUUAUGUCCAAGAGACUAUUGCCCGUCUCCAAAACCACACGCUCGGCUACUCCGGCUCCCAAAUCAACACAACCCUGGACUCUAGCACGGAGACCUUUCCCCUAAACCAAAGUCUCUACUUUGACUUCUCGCACGACACGAAUAUCAUGAGCAUCCUCACCGCCUUCGGCUUUAAACAGUUCAAUGCCUUCCUCCCUGCGACGCACUACCCCGGCCCCCACAAUCUUACGGUCUCCCACCUUGAGCCAUUUGGCGCCAGACUCGAUAUUGAAAUAAUCAAGACUCCUUCACCAUUGAGUGCUCAGCGUGUAUAUGAAGAAGGCGAGGAGACCACGUAUAUACAUUUCAUUCUCAAUCAGCGGACUCUGCCGCUGGGGCUAAAUUUUCCCGAGUGUGGUGCGGAUAGGUUGGAUGGAUGGUGCGAGCUUGAGGCGUUCUUGAAGACGCAGGAGAAGGCGGAGGAGCUGGCAAGAUAUGAUGAAGCUUGUAACGGGGACUACGAGGCUGUGCCUUAUGGUCAAGUUGUGGAUGAUAUAUAUCCCGCUACCGCACAUACCGACCUAUUUACUGCAUGUGUCAUCGCUUCUAGCGGCCGAGACGCUCAACCGCUCACCCGCCGAAAUCCCAUCAAUGCUGUUAUAGACGGAAAUGCGUAUCAAAAUCGGCUUUUCUCUCACGUCCGUUCUCUCUGGCUCAGGGCAAAUGUUGGCGGUUUCGUGGAGGCAUCUGAGCUCUUUCGUCCUCCCCUUUUCUUUAGGAUUGGGAUUACCCCCAACUACGGACUUCUGAUAGAAGUCAAGUCGCGAUCAGUACGGUCUAUACGCACACGAUCGAUCACAUAUCAAGCAGGCUCAAUGCCGGACUCUACCUCCAGUUUCGACGUAGACCGCUACCUCAACCGCCUCAUCCCCCGCUCGUUCCUCUCCCACCUCCCAAAGCCGAUAUCCUGGUUCCUCGGCCAUAGAUCUACCCCCCAGAAGCCCAUUGGGAAUAUACUCAUAUGGUUCUGGGCCUUCAUCGGCGCAUUCGCCUCCAUACUAAUCAUCGAAGCCGUCUUUCAAAGCCGUCAAUUGAAAUCAGAUGGCGCGCCUAUCGUGAUAGCCAGCUUGAUCUCAAUUGCUGAUUCGGGCGCCCGGGAGAAAAAACAGGGCGCAGCAGCUAUUCUCGAAUUCUCAACCAUCGACUCCCCCCUCUCCCAGCCCCGCAACGCCUUCCUCGGGCAGCUCAUCUCCUCCCUGAUGGGCGUCUCCAUCACCAAACUCUUCGCGCUCUCCCCGUCCUUCUCCUCCCUCCGCUGGGUCGCCGGGGCGCUCUCGGUAGGCCUCGCCUCCGUCCUGAUGGGCGUCACGAAAACGAUCCACCCGCCGGCCGGCGCGACGGCCUUGCUGGCCGCCACGUCCCCGGAGAUCGAGAGGAUCGGCUGGUUCCUGGUGCCGCUGGUGGUGCUGGGCAGCACGCUGAUGCUGGCCGUGGCGUGCCUGCUCAACAACCUGCAGCGGCGCUUCCCGCUGUACUGGUGGACGCCCGAGGAUCUCCGGCGGUCGGCGCGGAAAGGAAGCGAAAGCGGGAAUGUUGAGGCAGGCGGAAGCCCGAAAGCGGAGAGUGCUGAGAAGGCGGGUCUUGAUGUCUGUGGCGAGGCCGGUGAGGGUGAGGGUGAGGGCGAGGAUGAUAAUGAGGUUGUGGGUGCGGGUGCGGAGGGGAGGAUUGUGAUUCACGGCGACCGGGUGGUCGUGCCGCACUGGGUCAGCCUGGACGUGGAAGAGAAGGCCAUGUUGGAGCUUCUGAGGUGUAAGCUGGGCGAGGUGCCCGCGGGGAGGCUGGAGAGGGCUCGGACGAGGGAGUCUGAGCAGACGCAUGUUCAAUAA